GAUGUUAUGUUAUCAGCAACCAGCACCCAGUCCCCAUUGGCACCUGUGUCUUCAGUGUUCACCAUGCCCUCAGUGUCGCUGCCACAUGUGUCAAUGGCCAGCAGUGCGCUUGGCUUGGCGGAUCAACUCUUUAUGUCUGUGCCGUCAGUGGGAGACACUGCGACCACACCAUCGGCCACUGAAGCUGCUAAAUCUGAUAUAGCAAGUGCAUUAUCAUCCUUGUCCAGCCAGACCCAACUGUUAGGUCAACCUCAAGUUGCAUCUCAGUUUUUUCUGGCUAGUCAGCCAUCAGCAUCUGCAUCAACUGGGCAGUCAGCUGGACACUCACUUUCACUCCAACAGAUUCUUAUUCCAGUGUCCACAGGGAAUGGCACACAGCAGUUCAUCAGCAUCCCAGUGUCUUUGGCAACAGGAGGCAAUCAGCAGAUACAGUUGAUUACAACCAGCAAUGGGGGACAGUUCUUAGCUGCCAAUCUGUCUGGCUUGCAGUCUCUUACACAGCCUCUUGCUUCAAGUUUACAGUCCAGUCGUGAGUCUCACAGUGUUACCACACACUCUAGCCAGACAUUAGCUGGCCAUUUUGCUGCAUUGCCACAGCUUCUUACUGCAGCAACUGGGGGACAGAUUUUGGCGGUCACACCUCAGAUGCUGGCUUCCUUACCCAUCUCUGUCAAUCAUUCAUCUUCCUCAUCCAGUGCAUCAAGCAUAGCUUCCAGCCAUGCAGCAGCGGCCACAGCCCAGCAGGUUCUGCAGCACACACUGUCGCAGGCAGUGGCUGCAAGUGUUUCACAUGCAAAUUCAAAACUGGCCCAACAGGCUCAUAUAUCUUCCUCGACCAAUGGUCUUCCACCAAAUAUCUCACAGCUUUUGCCACAUACUGUUGGAAAUUCUACAGAAAGCACAACAGUGGAUGGCAUCAAUUUAGACGAGAUCAAGGAGUUUGCUCGCCAGUUCAAGAUUCGACGCUUGUCACUUGGUCUUACUCAAACUCAGGUGGGACAAGCAUUAAGUGCCACUGAGGGACCAGCAUACAGUCAGUCUGCUAUAUGCAGGUUUGAGAAACUGGACAUCACUCCUAAAAGUGCCCAGAAGAUCAAGCCAGUCUUAGAGAGGUGGAUGGCUGAGGCUGAAGAGAGAUACAAAAACGGAGUUCAAAAUCUCACUGACUUCAUAGGUAGCGAACCUAGUAAAAAGAGAAAACGACGGACAUCGUUUACUCCACAAGCACUAGAGAUACUUAACCAAUAUUUCGAGAGAAAUACACAUCCAACAG